CAACAAAUACUGCUAGCAAUCUAAUGACCAUUUUGAAGAAUUGUUACCAUGUGUAUCAUAAAGAUUGCUGAAUGCUUCUCAUGUUCUAUAUGAAGAAUUCUAAUAAUAACUCAAUGAGGCUGUAACAGUUGUAGGAUUACGCUUGCUACAGUAAUUAGUGAUCAAGGCUUUUUUAUAUGAUUUUCUCUCCCUGGCGAUGAAUGUUGAAAUUUAGUACCAUCUUAUAUACCGGUACAUCCUAAUAUUGUCUUGCUUUUCAAAUCCCAUGAAGCAAGCACUCUGUAUUUAGUCUGCUUUUUAUUGAACUAUUAAAAGUGCCGAAUAGUUGUCAGAUUAUUUCAAUGGCGGAUGUUGCGGCUCAUGAUCACAAACAUGUUCAUGAUGAAAAACAUGUCGUCAGAUUUCCAGAAGAACAAGAUGAUAAAUGUAAUAAAAUAUCUGUUUUGAGAACUGGAGGUUCAAAUAACAAAGUUGAAAUUCAUGCUGGAUUUUUUAAAUCUGAUCACAAGUAUGAAGUAAUAUUUGAAAUCAAUGACUUCGUAGGUCUUGGCAAAGAUGUAUCCAUAGAGGCUCCAUCAGGUGCACAUAUGACCUCCACAAAUGUUCAACACAAUACAUCUGGUAACAUAGAAGUCACACUGGAGUACUUUCCACAGAACAUAGAUGGUAUAAUAAACGAAUGCUUUACAAUCAGAUCAAACAAUGGAAAUAAAGAACUUCAUGGAGUAUUGAGAGCAGAAGUUCUAGGUCAUGGCCAAGGCACCCCAAUGUUGAAAGAUGGAGUAAGAUGCAUACAAAGGCCACAUAGUGCAAGUUCGUCAACAUCAAGCUAGAUAAGGAUCAAAAAACUGAUUUGAAGAUAAAGUAACAUCUCUGAGCCAUGCUAUGAAUAAUAUGAAAAUUGCUUCUCAGCUUAUCUUC